AUGGGAUGUCAUCAAAUGAUAUCCAUACGUAUAUUUGUUCUCGUAUUUUUAGUACACGUUUGCGUGUGUGAUCGGGAAACAUGCGAUCGCCGUCCGUUCGACACACACACCGCUCCUUUGCCACCCGACAAUCGCUUCUACAUCGACAUCGACGGCAUCACAGAAAGAUAUAUACCGGGGGAACAGUACACAGUGCGCUUGUUGUCGAAAGAUAACAAGUCGACAUUCAUCGGAUACACAAUAGGUCUUCGCGAAGACGAGGCAUACAAUGAGAAGAACCCCCGGAGGCCAAAGCACCUGAAGCCUGGUAGGCUGCAGCCUUCUCCGGAUUCCCACGAGGGCAAGACCCGCCCGUACUGCAACAACACCGUCAUACAUUCCGAUAUUACACCUAAAACAUCUGCCCAGGCUUUAUGGAUUGCGCCGGACAAAGGUAGCCACUGCGUCACCAUAUACGCUAUCGUGGCGGUGAAGCCUGACGUGUGGUACAACUACGAGGGGCCGUUGUCGAAGCGCGUCUGCGAGGACAUCAGGAACGCUGACGAUAUUCUGCCAACACAGAAUGACGACUGCCAAGUUUGUGAAGAGGCCAGAUAUCAGUUAACCUUCGAAGGCCUAUGGUCUUACAACACGCACUCUAACGCGUUUCCGAAGACACAAGAACUAGCUCGGUUCAGCGAGGUGGUCGGGGCAUCCCACAGUAAAUACUUCAGCGUGUACAAGUACAACACGGAGGCUAGCGCUGGCAUCAAAAUGUUAGCUGAACAGGGCAACACCACGGUACUCGAAAUGGAAAUCCAGGACAAGUUGGGCCACGGCGGUGUCCGCACGGUUGUAAAGGCCACUGCACCAGCUAAAACCAACAUGUCGACCGUAACCAGUUUCCGCGCGAACAAGGAGAACCAUCUGGUUUCCUUAGUGACGGGCAUAAUGCCGUCCCCCGAUUGGUUUCUCGGAAUGGCCAAUUUGGAACUGUGCGAGUUCAAAACGGGACAAUGGGCCAAGACUGUGAAGCUGAAUCUGUAUCCAUUGGACGCUGGGACCGACAGCGGCAAAGACUUUGAGUCUUCGAACGAUGGGACAUCACCGCCACAGCCGAUUACAUCAGCUGCCAUAGCUAAAGGGGAAAAGGUGAAAGCUUUCGCAAGAGUUAUAGUGGAUUUGAUUCGCACAUACCCGAAUCCCAACUGCACUGAGAAUACUUCGUCUACGCUUAGUUAUGACGAAGGUGCAACCGAUGAACCUCAAGAAAACGGCGAUAAUAUCCCAGUACAACCGGGAAUUUUUGAACCUUACACAACUCCGAAAAGUGAAGAACCCGUGACUACUGACCCGGAGUCGUCAGAGGCGUGUCCCAUGACCACAUGGGAGGACUGGCCUUGUGAGGGCGACUGCGUCAACGGUACUCGCUCGGGCAUACGCCUGCGGUACCGGUACCACAUAGUAGAUGGAGUCAUCGUCGGCAAGUACAGCCCAACAACAGAAGAAAAAGAGGUGCCCAAGUACUGCUUGAAGGAAGAAACUUUUCAGACCGAACAAUGCGAAGAAGAAUGUGCCGAAGAAUCAGAAGGAGAGGAAGGAGAAGAAGAUACUCCUGAACCAGAUUUGGCUCGUUGA